CCGUUUUCUUUGCUCCGUAGGGAGGAGCACCUUUCCCUCUGCGCCUGCGUCGCCAUGGAGACGCUCAUCCCCGUCAUCAACAAACUGCAAGAGAUCUUCAACACGGUGGGAGCCGAAGUCAUCCAGCUGCCCCAGAUCGUGGUGGUUGGUUCCCAGAGCAGUGGGAAGAGCUCUGUGCUGGAGAGCAUUGUAGGCCGGGACUUCUUGCCUCGUGGCUCUGGCAUUGUCACACGCCGGCCUCUCAUCCUGCAACUGGUGCAUGUCCCAACACUAGAGGAGAGAAGGCGGACAGCCAGUGGAGAAAGCGGUGUCCAGGCUGAUGAGUGGGCCACCUUCCUGCACUGCAAACACAAGACUUUCACUGACUUCAGCGAGAUUCGGCAGGAGAUUGAAAUCGAGACAGAGCGGACCACUGGGACCAAUAAGGGAAUCAGCCCAGAGCCCCUGUACUUGAAGAUCUACUCCCCACAUGUACUCAACUUGACACUAGUUGACCUUCCAGGAAUCACCAAGGUGCCCGUUGGGGAUCAGCCCCACGAUAUUGAGGUUCAAGUACGGGACAUGAUCCUGUCCUACAUCUCCAACCCAAACUGCUUGAUCCUGGCUGUGACAGCUGCCAAUACAGACAUGGCCACAUCAGAGGCACUAAAGCUGGCACGUGAUGUUGACCCUGACGGGCGAAGGACACUGGCUGUGAUCACCAAGCUGGACCUGAUGGAUGCUGGGACAGAUGCCAUGGAUGUGCUAAUGGGUCGGGUUAUUCCCGUCAAGCUGGGCAUCAUUGGGGUGGUCAACAGGAGCCAACAUGAUAUCAACAGCAACAAGAGCAUCAGUGAGUCCCUCCAAGAUGAGCAGGGCUUCUUGCAGAAGAAGUACCCAUCGCUUGCCAACCGAAAUGGCACACGUCACCUGGCUAAGACUCUCAAUAGGCUGCUGAUGCACCAUAUUCGUGACUGCCUGCCUGAAUUAAAGACCCGGGUGAAUGUGCUGACAGCCCAGUACCAGUCUGUGCUCCAGAGCUACGGGCAGCCCAUUGAGGACAAGAAUGCCACCUUGCUUCAGAUCAUCACCAAAUUUGCCACCGAGUACUGCAACACAAUUGAGGGCACGGCACGCAACAUUGAGACAUCUGAGUUGUGUGGAGGGGCCCGGAUGUGCUACAUUUUCCAUGAGACGUUUGGUCGCACCCUGGAGUCCAUUGAUCCUCUGGCUGGACUUACAAUGCUGGAUAUCUUGACAGCCAUCCGAAAUGCCACCGGACCCCGUCCAGCCCUCUUUGUCCCUGAAGUCUCCUUUGAGCUACUUGUGAAACGUCAGAUCAAGCGCCUGGAGGAACCAAGCCUUCGCUGUGUGGAGCUGGUGCACGAGGAGCUGCAGCGCAUCAUCCAGCACUGUUCCACCUACAACACGCAGGAGCUGUUGCGUUUCCCUAAGUUGCAUGAGGCGAUUGUGGAGGUGGUGACGGGAGUCCUUCGCAGGAGGCUGCCCAUCACAAAUGAGAUGGUGCACAAUCUGGUUGCAAUUGAACUGGCCUACAUUAACACCAAGCACCCAGACUUCAUUGACACAGCUCUCGUUUCUGCCUCAGUGAGCAGUUCUAAGACUGAAUCUGUUCCAGAUGGUGCCCGGCGAUGGAAAAGUGAAAAAGUGGAAGAACCUAGUGCAGAUGACAGACCCAAGGGGUCCUCACAGACCUCAGUCUAUUCCAGCCCUAGUCGGUCCCAUGCAGUCAACCUGCUAGACACGCCCAUGCCUGCUACACGCAAACUGAGCCAACGUGAACAGCGAGACUGCGAGGUCAUCCGCCGGCUUAUCAAGUCCUAUUUCCUCAUUGUGCGCAAAAGCAUACAAGACAGUGUCCCCAAAACAGUGAUGCACUUCCUGGUGAACUAUGUCAAAGACCACCUUCAGAGUGAACUCGUGGGCCAGUUGUACAAGCCACAGCUCCUCGACACGUUGCUGACAGAGUCUGAGGACAUGGCUCAGCAACGCAAUGAGGCUGCCAAUAUGCUCAAGGCAUUGCAAAAAGCCAGCCAAACUAUCUCAGAAAUCCGUGAGACUCAGCUCUGGUGAGGGGAACCCACUGCUUCUGAUGGCUCCAACCCACUGAGUACCAUUCACCCAGAGCCAUGCCAGCAUUCAUUUCUGAGCCUUCUGGUGCUGUUUCCCAAUUGGAGCGGAGAGGUCUUGAGCCCUCUUUGGUUCUGGCCCAGAGCAAGAGCCUGUCUAGUUAAGCAUUUGGCUGGUAACACUGUGGAGCCAGCAUCUCUGUGCUGAACUGAAGCUGGUCCUCACCCACUGCCUCGUUGGUCAUUCAUGCAUUUCCAGCCUUGCUAGUCCAGUCAGUAUUAAAUUACUGUUUUUGUCCACAUUUUGAAUUCCUUCUCUCCACAGCUGUAUCCUUAAGUCAUUGCUGGUUUGGGCCAGUCUUCAUUCUUGGCAGCUUACGUGCAGGAGAGCUUACUUCCAUCCCCAAAUGUUGGUGCAUUUGCUAAAAAUAUGAAGUGAAGCAAUUUGUUUAUGUGUGUCUGCCUGAGCACUAAGCAGACAGUGGUGUGUAUGUGGAUCUGCUGCUGAAUGUCUUUAAUCUUCAUUACUGCCCUAAAAGUGAUUGAUGCUGGCUAGGUAGAGAAAUAGUCACAGGUAACUUUGAAGAUGGUCAAAACUAUAGAGGUGUGACAUCAACUGUUGCAGAGCAGAUGAUAAGAGAGUUGCUUUAGAGGGAGAUCUAGCCUUAUCUUUUUCCAGGAGUUGUGUGCAAUAGUGCCACAUAUUUGGGGGCACUACCCAGUCCUAGUUGGCAGGAAAGGGGAGACACAACUUCUACACAACCCCAAGUUUGCAUGCACCUCUGAGCCAUGCAGGACCCAGGCUUGGCCUGCUAGUUUCCUGGAAUAAACUUGUGUACUGUUACAAAUG